GAGGACUGAGGAGUGGAUGUGCGUUGGAAGGACAAGUGCAGCGCCGCCACCCCGAUACACUUGUCGGCGCGAGUCCUUAUGAGCGAGUGGUGAUAUGCGCGUGUGGUGUGUGCCAUAACAUUUAUUUCGGCUCCCCCCUCCUGACGGAAUGUCUCGUAGAAAGCAGAAGUUUCCCGUCCAUCUGAAGAAAAUGAUUUUCCGGGACCAGGGCGCAGAUUAAGGUAGGAAACGGCCUUUGAAGUUGUACUGACAACACCUGCGUGUUGUACCAAUAGGAAAGCGCUGGGUAGGUUAAGAUGAACAGCUAGAGGGAGGAGCUCAUGAAACUGAAGGCAAGGUCGAAAUGAUGAGUGAGGAAUGUCCUGAAGAAUUCAAUGGUGCCAAGGAUGUCAGGGUGCCUGUGAAUGGUCAGGUGGUCAAUGUGCCAAUCUCUUCUUCAGUAACGAAAAAGAUUAUGAGCAUUGUACCAGUCACCCUUCCUGUGGAAGGAGUCAUGUCUUCUACCCCUCCUGUUAGCAUAGCCAGGGUCGGAGGAAUAUCUGACAACAGUGUUGUGGUCACUUUACCCUCCUCGUCAUCAUCGUCAUCAGUUUCCCAAGGGAAUUUAGUAGGACCUGUACAUAGGAAUUUAACUACUCCAUUAAGUGUAACUCUGAGUACCUCUUCUUGUAACAACAUUAAAAGUGCCAAAAGUAGAAUGAGUGACUCGGUGUCAAGCCCUUCUUUUUCUAACAGUGCCAUAACUUUACUUACAACUGUGACAUCCAGUGCCAACUUGAAAAAACUAUCUUAUUUACAAGACUCUUCUAAAGAAAGAGAAAAAGCAAGUGAUGAUGGAAACAAGGCAAAAAAUCCUGUUUCUGUUGAAUUUCCAUACACGUGUCCCGUCUGCAAUGAACCCUUCAGGUCGAAGCGAUCCUUCAAUGCACACAUAAUUGUCCAUUGCCAGUUGGUUAAUGGUUCAAGUAAUGGGCCAAAGCGGUCUAUAAGUUCAGGAGGUAGUCCAUCACCUGACAAGAAAAGAGUACGGGAAAAUGUGCAUAACGAACAGUUGGAGUCAGCUCAGCAUGGGUCAAAAGUUCCAGAGGAAGAACUAAGUCUGCCUCUUGAUUUGAGUUGUAGAGGAUCAAGUGUCUUGAAGGAAUAUGCAAGGCCAGCAGCCUCUUCAACUCCAGAGAACAAAGAGAGUCUUAGUGGUAGUGACACAGAAUCUAGAGGUGAGCAAAGCCAGAAAUCUUUGCAAGAACCCCCUUUGCAACCAUCUGGCCACCUAAAUCAUUCAGUGUUGUCUGAUCGUGGACCAUUAGAAGAUGAGAAUGAGAAUCUGGUUAAUGAAGCAAGGGAAAGAGAAAAUUCUUUCUUCAAUACUGCUCAAAAUGAACAGUAUCUCACAGAAGAUUCAACUGGGCUAGAUCCCCCACCUCCUCUUCCACUGUAUGGAUCUGGAGGUUCAAUCAGACGAAUUCGUGUCAGUAGUGAUGAUGGGCCCCCUAUGAUAUACAGUGUGCGACUGCAUGCAGAACAGGUGUUGGUAUCCAGAAUAUUAGGCAUUAAUGAAGAAACUGGAGAUAAAAUGGAGCUUUAUAAGUGUUUCUUGUGUAGUGUUGCAUUCCCGUCCAUAUCCAGAUUACAGGCUCACCUUUCACAACACAAGCAACGUUUUGUUUGCUGCAAAUGUAACUUUUCAUGUGACUCAAGGGUUCAGUUUUCACACCAUGUCCAAAGGGAACAUCUUUCUACAGCUGUGCAAUCUCGCAGGGAUAAAAUAGAUGUGCGAAGUGAUAUGAGCGAUGAUUCCAAUAGUGCGGAGAAUACAGUAACUGUAGCUGCCCUUUUAUCUGCAUUAAGAGAAAAGCAGCAAGAAAACAGACCAGUGAAUUUGGCUCCCAAGGAAACAUAUGAAGAGGAAGAAGAGGAUCAUGGCAGUGAGGACUCAUGUCCGGUUUCCCCCUCUUCAGAGUCACAAGAAGCUGGAGAAUUACAAGAAGCUGGCAGUGGGGAAGACCUUUUCAAAAUGUACACUUGUAGAUUUUGUGGGAAGAAGUUUGACAGAGCAUUUUCUUGCAACCGACAUGAAAGGGUUCAUACUGGGUACAAACCCUGCUUUUGUCGAGUGUGUGGAAGAGGUUUCUCAGAGCCAAGAAAUCUCAGGCACCAUGUCAUACGUUUCCACAGUGAUGGAUCCUUGAGGCACUUGAUCAAACGUGACCGUCGUAAAAAAGUGGAGGAUGAUUCUCCUACACCCUCUGUUUCGCCAGUUCCUCUGAAGUACCCUGAAAGUCGUUUCAAAGAUGUCUUAAAGGAGACUGCUAAUAAGCUCAUCACAAGUUCAAAUAUAGAUAUGACAGGCUUGUCUGGACAGACCAAUGGGCUAGAGAUUACGCUGACUGCAAAUAUUUCUAAUCAUGAUGAGAGCAAGAAAAUUUGCGAGGUCAAAACUCCACCAUUGUCAUCAAAUGACGGAUCGAAAGAUCCUUCGUCAACAGAUGUUACUUCUUGUGCUACAACGUACACAACAAAUCUCACAAAGAUAAUUGCUGCUUCUCUAGACAAUUCAACAAGAGGAAGCAGGCGGCAUCCAAGCUUCAUGGAUUCUUUUCGUAACGAUGAAUUAGAACCUGGAGAAAUUAGGCUGGAUCGGCGUACGAAGAUAAUAGAUGAUGGAGAGAGUGGGCGUCGACUUGUCAUUACUGAUGACCAGUCAGAGGAAGGUCUUGACCAUUCACCUCACUUUUCCAAUUAUGCCCCAAGAUUAAAUAUAGUACAAGAACCAAUUGACAGGGACAAAGCACUUGUACCAAUCACAGAUGACAUUGGCCGUACCUUUUUUGAAUGCCCAUAUUGCCAUAAACUGUUUUUAAGUACAUCUGAUAUGAAUAGGCAUCUUGAUUUUCAUGAAGAUUUACGCCCUUACAACUGUGAAUAUUGUGACUACUCAGCGCGAACCAACAGUCAGCUAAAAGUUCAUAAGAUGCGUCAUGAAGGAAUCAAGUUGUACAGCUGUGAUGUUUGCAACUAUAAUGGUGUGACACAGAGUGAUUUGAACAGACAUAAGAAAACUCAGAGUCACAUUGCUCGUACUCAGAAUGUCUGUUCAAUGUGUGGUUUGGGAUUUUACACUGCAUCACAGAAACAGGUUCAUGUGGUGCAGUGUCAUCCUGAAGUAGAAGGGGCUUCAUCACUCAUCCAAAUGAGCCUUGGCCCCCCUGUUGCUCCUUUGAUGACAGGAUCCGAAUUCUCGUCCUUGAAUAAUUCUGGGUCUUCAGCAACCACUCCCCCGUUACCUCAGGCAGCAGCUACAGCUCAGUGAAAAAGAAGGAUUUUAUAUUAUCAAAAUGUUUACAGGCAAUACUGUGCUUCUAGACAUUGUACUCUUUUGAUGUUUCAUUUUAUUCAUUAGAAUGGAGAUUUCAGAUCUGAAGUAUUAUAUAUUUUAUUUUAGCUGUCUUUCAAGAAGAAUAUUCCCACCUUAUCGACAUGGCUGUGUAGCUAAAUGCAGUGCCAUUUAAAUCUCCCAAAUCACCAAGUUGGAAUCUGUCUGUGUAAUAAUCUAGAAUGACUGCAGAAUGUGUUCAAAAUGUGUAACCAUACAUUGUGUAGAUUGAAAAUAACUUUCAAGCUUUUAAUAGAGCUUGGGCAUGAUGCAAUGAUGCAUAAUGAUUGCAACUGCUUAUAGAAAACAACAGUCCACUUAUGAAAUGUGAAGUGCAAGUAUAAUGACUUCUUUAUUGGGCAUUAGAUACAAUGGUGCUUUACAAUAUUGUUGACUAAGAUUUUAAAUGAUGUCUAGAGUUAGAUUACAUUAGCUGUCUAUCCUUUAUUAGUGUUACCAGAAAUGAGUGCUAUCUAAUACCUCUUACAAACAUCUGUACAGAGAAACACGAUAGAUGAAGGCGUUCUAUAUGAUAACAGAUGUUCAUUACACAUUUUGUCCAUGUCUAAACUAUAAGUGUUUAAUAUAAUAUUAUGAUUGUGUAGCCAUGCUCUCUCUCUCUCUCUCUCUCUCUCUCUCUCUCUCUCUCUCUCUCUCUCUCUCUCUCUCUCUCUCUCUCUCUCUCUCUCAUCAUUAACAUCUUUUCAACAGUUUCAGCAGGGUGUGUUAGUAUGUUUUGGGUGGUCAUUUAGGCAUUUAAUACAUAACCUUAAAUGUGGUAGUUUUUGUAAUAUGUAUUUUUUUUAGUUUAUUUAACUCUGCAGAAUUUAUUUACAGAUGUAAAGGAAAUUAAACUGAGGUUUCCUUUAGUAAAAACUAUAAAUAAACAAGAUUUUCGUCAUUAGUUUUCAUCCAUGUUUGUUGCGUAUGCAUUUGAAUUUUUUGUAAGUGUCACUGAUAGAAAAAAUAAGAAAAAUGAAAUUCCAAAAUAUUGCAAUUAAUAUAUACAAAUAAAUACUUUUCAUCGUUUUGGAAGGUCGUAAAUACCUCUCAGAUGACUAUUUUGACUGCCUCUAAGCCUCGUUACAUGGAGGUGUUAAUACUUUUAUUUGUAAUAGAUUUAGUAUUUUAUUGGCCACCUAGGUAUACAAUUAUGCCAGUGUUGCAACUAAUUACUAUAUCACUGUUUAUCCUUUCUACCUGAAGUGUUAAAUCAUUAUGUCAAUGUAGUAAGUAAUUGUUUAAUGUUUUUAAAAUCUUGUAUAACAGAAAAACCCUUAUUCAGUUGUUUGUGGUUUACUCUCAUCGAUUUGUUUUUUAGAUCUGGGACGAAUUUGUUUGUUGUUGACGCUAGAGAAUCUUUUAGAUAGCUUAAUUGUGAUAACUAACCUUGUUUUCAUUAUUUUUUUUACAAGCAACAAAAAAAAUAUGUAACGCUAGCAGUCGCUACUCAGUGGCUUUGGAUAUUUGAUAUACAGUGGUGAUCUAGAUUUUUCCUGUCUAAUUCUUUGAGUAAGGAAGUGGAAGAAUUUAAACAUUGUAGUAUAUCUGUCACAUUGUCUUGAUCGUAGUAGUUGUCUAAAGCAUUAAUAAUCUUUAGAGGUACUGGAAAUAUGUAUCCAAUCAAAAUAUGCUUUUUAUCGUGAAGUCAAAAUUAAUGAGGAGAAUCACUGUAAACAAAAUUCAGAAAAAAAAGUUAUAGGAUUUCUUUGUAUUCAAAAUGUAACAAUCCAAGUACAUUUUGUAAAAGAACUUAGUUACCCUUAUAACAGAUAAGUAUAAAUCAAGGGUGGUUGUAAGUUUUUUUUUUUUUUUUUUUACCAAUCUUCUUGUUACAGAUUUUACAUAAUUUUUGUACCUGGUUAUAUUUCUCAAUCCUCCAGUUUUGUUUCACUUGUUCAGGUACCUGCUAUGAUGUAGUAGUCCAUUAUGAAAUCCGGUAGUUUUUCUUUGUAGAUUUUUUCCCCUUACAUCUUUCUUCAUGUUGCAUAAUGAUAUAUUUUAUUAAUCAUAUUAGAAUGCUGAAAUAAGAUUGAAUGAUUUUUAUUGAUCUUCAAAACCCAGUAUAUUUUUUAGUUACAUUGCCAGUGUACUGUGUAAUAAAUUUAUUAGCUUUAAUUUGCCAUAGAUGUGCCAAUCAAUAAGUUAAAAUACCAUUGUAGUGCUACAGUGGAAUUGUUUCUCUCUCCAGGCAAUCCAGGCCAGAGUAUACUUAAUACCUUAUUGACACAAAACUUACAUUAUCUGUUGUAGUAAUAACAGGUGUUUUAAAGAUAAUUUUAAGACAUCAUGACAGGUAUUAUGCCAGUAAAUUUGUCUAUUCCAAAUUUUAACAAUUCAGUGUUUUCCAGUAUUUAAUACAAUAAUUAAUGAAGUAAAUUACUGUAUUCAAAUCCAGGCUAAAAAUGACUUUAAACAAUUUUGUAGGUAGAAAUAAAAUUUUGUGGUAACUACAUAUUGUGUGUGAACCAUUGGUGCUAUUCUGAUUAAUUGUACAAUAAAUAUUGUUCAAGUUUUAAAGUUCCCUGAAAUGUUUUUGCCAUUAAAGACUUUGAUAAAAGUAAUAUUUAUUUGUGCUGUAUAAUCACAGUUAUGAGAUGAAACAGUAACCUUGUGUGUACUUUGCUACUUUUGAGACUACAUACUGUAUUAACCGAUAAAUGAAUGAGCAAUUACUUAUGUUGUUUUGGUAUUUCCGCUAUUUUUAGCAAAUUGCUGAUUUAUGUAGGAUUAGUGUUCAGAGUUUAUAGGAUAAUAUUACUACCAUUUUAAGUGUUAUGCUUGUGUCAUAAUUGUGACUUAUUUGAACUUUUAGUGCCGUUUUGAAUUUCCAGCCAAAGUUAAUAUUUUAUGUAAAUGUAAUCAUUUAUUGUAGAUACACAUGUACUGUGGGAUUGAUGACCUUUAUUGCUUGAAAUCCAAUAAGUACUAGAACUGUUUAUUUAUUAAUAUUGAAUGGAUCUAAAUAUACCACAGUAAAACAACAAUGUUAGUGUGUAGCCAGCCUAAUGAGAGUCAAGUGUUUUGACUCAGUUGUCUGGUUAAAUUAGCUAAUAUUAAAAUGUGGGCUUUGUUGUUUAAUUAAUAAUGAAUAUAAUGUAUGUAGUAUGUGUACAUGGUGGCUACUUAGGCUAGGUUUAUUUUCGAUGUUAAUUUAUAUGUUUAAUGAAGCUUCAUGAUUAAAAGAAACAGCUUUGUUGAUUUGUAAGUAAGUACUGUAGAUUAGAGGAGCAUCUAGCUUGGAGUUUACUUUGUUAGUUAUUUCUGGUGCUAUUGUUGUUGUUUAAUUUACUACAAUUAUGUAAUUAUAAUGUUCUAUAGCCAUUAGUUAAUUAUAUUAAUGUUGUUACUAAAACUAAUAGCAUUGCAGUUACUUGUAAUGAGGUUGUACAUUAUUUCUGCUAUAUGAGUACGUACAGUAGGUCAGAUCAUUUUUAGUGGGCUUCUGGUAUGGUAUAUGUGUUUAUAGAUUUGGAGAACUAUUUAUGAGGUGACAUUCCAUUAGAAUAAUUGUAAUGUUUGUGAUUGACAUUUUACACAGCACAGUACAAUAAUUUUUAUAUUGUGUAGGCAGGGAAUUUAUUAUUCAGGGGUGAAUGAUAUACUUCGGUUACACAAAGUGCAUGUUGUGAAUUUUAAGAAUUUUAGAUUGUAAUUACUAACAGGAAUUACUACCUCAAAAUCAAAUUUAGUUGACACUGAAUCUCACACUGUUAAAGAAUGGUAACUUUUUAUUUCAUUACUUUAGUUAUCUCCAGUGUUACUUAGAUUUUUCAUAGCUCUGGUUAUAUGCUUGAAAAAAAAAAGUUAAAAUAAGAAGCUUUAAAUAUAGAUAUUUUGCAAAAGAAAUAUUUAAUCUUGUGUCAUUUGAUUUUGUUGGCUCAGUGUGUAUCCUGUUUGACAUCUCAUUCCUUGUUUUUUUUUUUUCAUGAAGAUCAGGUCUCUCCAUAACUUUGGGCAAUUUAUUAUGCUGCAGUUUAGGUUAGUACGAUGUACUAUAAUCAUCAGGAAGAAAACACUGAAUCACAUUAGUUGUGACAAAUAUAAUAUUGAUAUGUAGAUAGUGAAAGUUAUGAGUGGUAGCAUGCACAAGACCAGAAUUUAUUGUAAGUGCAAUAUGUAAUUACCAAAGUUAAGGAAGCGAUCUGCUAAACAAUCUUAUUGCAGUAAUAAUAAUAGUCAUUAUUUAUUAUUACUGUAAUAACAGGGAAAUUUGAGGAAUAAUUCACGCUAACUUUGAGUCAUAGUUUUGCAAAAUUAUUUUACCAGAAAUUGCAGUUAUAAAUAUGAAAAUUAUUCAUGAAAUUUUUUUAAGUUAAGAUGAUCUUAGUUUUCUUUUUGUAUAUUUUAUUGCCUGUUUACGGAUAUAUUAUGUUCUUAACUUGUAAAGGUGCCAUGAAUUUGGAGUCAGAGAAUUCAAAGGGAUACAGUUGAGCUGAGCUUUAAUUUUGUGACCUAUAAGAUGAUGCUUCAGUUUUUUGUACCCAGUAUUCAAAAAUUCCCUGAAAAUGUAUACCUUUAUAAAUUUGUAAUUUUUAACUAUUCAGUGUUAAUUGCAACUGGUUUGUUAAGUCAAGUUUUUAUUGACACAACUUACAUGCUUUAUAUGCCAUUUCUUUGUGCCAAUAUGAUAUUUUCCCCAAUGAAUUACAGUAUUUAUUUUUUUGAUAUGGUAAGCAUUCUGACUGAGAGAAGAAGUUACUUAAACAUGAGUGAUGUAUCAGUUUUUCAGGGAAGAACUGGAGCUUUUUAUUCUUGCUAAACACAGUGCUGUAGAAUACUCUACUUGGCUGUUUUAGAAAAGUUACGUUUCACAUUAGCUGAAAGAUGCAGUGAAUAAUAUUGAUAACAUUUUUUUAUAGGCUUUGAAGUUUGAGUGUUUUCAAUUUUCUGCUUAUAAAAGUAGGAGAUUAAACAGUUAUGGUAGUAUUAUCUCAUGCAAAGAAAUAUACUCUUGAUUUUGUAAAGUAAAAAUUGUUUCCUUCAAAAGAAUUGCUUCAUUUUGUUUUAUUGUACUUUGAAUUUAACAUUAUGCAAAAGUAAUGUAUGUGAAAAAUAUUUUUCUUGGAGAUUUAGUAAAAAGUUUAUUUAUUUUUACAGAGAAUUUAUGCUUGCAUCUUGAACUCAGGCAGUUACAGUAUUGUACUUUAUUUGAGAUUCUUGAACUAUUUCACAAUUGACAGUUUUACAGAAUCUCCCUGUGCUAUUUGUAGGAUGUAAAAAUUCAUAGUCAAACCUUCUUUUAUAGUCAUUCCAUUUAUUCCAUCCAGUGCUGUUCUCCAGUCACACCUAGAUGUUGAAUGUGCUAUUUUCUAUAGAAGCGCUUAAAAUUCCAGGCAGAAUAGCCUGUAUCCGGAGGUGCUACUGGGAUUACAAAGUUAUUCUGUUCUAUGUGUAAAAUGUUCAACUUGCUUUUUGCUGUUAUAGAUUUGUAUGAUUCAACAAAGAAAUCAACUUCUGUUUAAGAAGUAAAACAUUUUGAAUGAAGAGUUUUGAGGGAAAAUAAUUAUUUUGAUGAUAGCAUCUGAGUGAUGCUAGUAAUGUAUAAUGUUGAUGUGUACAUAAGGCAACCACACAGAAUAAUGACAACUUUGUGACUUAUAUAUGGUGCACAAAAGACAAUAAAAAGAAAGGUAA